CUGAACAUGUUAAAUUUGCCCUUAGCUGUUCAUUCCAUAUUUGUAGGGCUUGACGAGGACUCAACCGUAAAGCAAUGCUGCCCACAAGGACUCCCUGCACAUGUUGGCGUGUCAAUAACGCAAGUGCGAGUUGCAAGGUCACACGUGCUACCCCAUUAGCAUCGUCGCGACCUCUGUGGUCCUGGCCGUCCGGCGAGCGCGCGACAGGCGACACGACAAGGAGCGGGUGGAUUCGCGAUUCUGUGGUCGCUUCGGCGACGUACGAUGGAGAUGCCCCCCGAAUAGGCCAGUUCAGACGUUUUCGUAGCGGUCAACAGCGUGAUGUACAAUACCAGGAUGGGAGUGAGCUUUCGGCGGCACGUCCAACGGCUGUUAGCGGUCGGGAUGGGCAACCUACACCCAUACGCAGCAGCAGCAACCCAGCCGGUGGCGUUGGAAGCAACAACAGCAGCAACAGACCACAACCUCAACCCGCUCCUCGCGCGCGGCAACAGAGCCCACCAUCACCACCACCACCGCCACCACCACCACCAGCAGCGGGGCAGCAGCAGCCUCCACCAUCGCGGUUAGGACAGCCGCCACUGCAGCGGCCGCAGCAGCAGCAGCAAUACCAGCAACCACCACAGCAGCACUCGUACCAACAGCCAUUCCAACAGCCGUUUCAACAGCGGUACCCGGCGGCGCAGCAACCGCAGCAGCAGUCGCAGCAACAAGCACAACAACAACAGCAGCAAUUCCAGCCACAACCCCAUCGACAGCAGCAGCAGCAGCAACAACAACAACGGCAGCAACAACGCCAAUGGCAACGCCCCUUCUCGCCCAGCUACUGGCGAAGCACACCUGAACGUUGGUUCGCGCGGCCGGACUACACGCCUGCCGCGCUGUAUGAGGAGAUCGUGCAGCGGUGCGAGAGGAACACGUGCGACGUUGACGCCCUGCACAUGAUCUGCCGCCUCGCCACCUCGCCGCAAGAGGCGCGAGUGGCGCUCAACGCAUUCGCCGCCGUACGGGCGUCACGUGUACGGCGAGGCAGACCGGAUCCAUUUGACGAGCACCUGGCGGCUGCAUUCGCGCGGAUGAUUCGCGACGCCGACGCACCCGACGUGUUAGUGGAGGCGUUACGUCGCGCCACGGAGCUGGGGCUGCUGCUUAGCUCCACUCGGCUUCACGAGCUGCUGAAGCACUGGGGGCAGCAGGGCGAGCUGGCAAAGAUAGAGGAGGUGCUGGCGGCCAUGCCGCUGGGAGGCCUGCCGUACAGCCAUGAUACGGCGUACGUCGUGAUCCGUACGGCGGUCAAUGCGGGGGAGCAGGAGAAGGCCGAGUACUAUGCGAGUGCGAUGGUGCAGCGGAAUGUGCGGCUGACCCCCACCACGGUUCGGCUGCUGGAAGGGGGUCGGGAGCGGCAGCGGCAGAUGCAGCAGGCCAUGCAGAUGCAGAUGCAGCAGCAGCAGCAGCAAGCGUGAUGGCGCAGCGGGACUAAGGGAGAAAAGGACGUCGGGCGGCGUCCUGGGUUUCGCUGCGGCACUCCAUAGGCGGCGUCAGCAUGUGGGUGGUGUGCAUCAUGUGAUGUAACCCACAUGGGUCCCCAUGUCUGGGUCUAGUCGGCUGGGUGAUCUAGACCAGUAAGGAUCUGCUGACGAGGAGGUUGUGGCUGGUUUCGUGAGGAUGAUGACGAACUGCUGGUCUGGCCGCGGCUCGCACGGGCACGUGGCAUGGUCAUGGGGUUUCCGUAUGUUUGAAACAGCAAGGCCGUGUCCCCUUUUCGGGAACCAUUGUAACGGUCAUUCAUUCA